UUUACUUGCCAAUUUUAUGCCCAAGAUAUUCAUUUCACUGAUAACAUACUCACCCUAAUUAUCUCCCAACACUUAAAAUUUUAAAUGAUACUGCAUUUCCAAUAAAACAUUAAAGUUUUAUUUAUUAUUUUGUAUAAAAUAUUUACGUAUGUAUUAUCCACAAGCUGUAGAAACUUUCUUCGUCAAUCGAUACCGGUGAGAGAGAGAGAAGCGCUCAAAGUUUCCAAAUCAGACAAUGUGUAAUUUUCUAUGUAAGCUCGACCACAUGAGAAUAAUGAAGAUAAACGCUGCAAUUAUCCUAUACAAUAGCUCAAAAAAAAGCUCACAAAAAUAGUCAUCAGAGUGUAGUAUGGAUUGGUCAAAUUGUGAGUGGACGAUUGAAAUAUUCACGAACCAAGGCGAAAAGAGAUAUCGAGUUGUUGAAACUAUUAAGUCAGUCCAACACGAAUCGUUCAUCAGAUCAAUUAUGAUAGAGCGAUCCCUAAAUGUCAAUGAAGAAUUCUUGGAUAGUGCUCAGGAUGUCAUCAACAUUUUAUAUCCAAUUUUAAAAUUCGGGGGCUUGUGGCCUUUGGAUCCACCAGGUUUUCGCUAUCUUUUUUUUCUUGUACCUUACAUUAUAACCAAAUUGUUCGGAUUUAUCGACCUCAUAAAUGUCUUCGGGAACCUCGAGCUAACCAUUGAAAAUAUCGCUGAAGAGACACUCGUAAUUGUCACAGUUUCACGAAUUUUUUGGGUGAGAUUUUCACCGUUACUGCCAAGUCUCAUUAAUACCGUGAGUGACGGAAUGCGAGCGGAAAACUUUGACUCAGAUGAAGAAAGACAACUUUAUCUCGAAUACAAUGUAACGACGAAAAUGGUUGUUAAAUUUGUCAUUGCAAUGGGGAUGGCCGGUACAAUAGCCUAUCAUGUGAGGCCACUAAUUUUUCGAAUGAUAGCAAGUUUUCAGGGUGAAACCAACAUAUCCUACGUAUUACCAUACAGAGCUCAUCUCUUCUUUGAUUAUCAACAUCUAGGAUUUUAUUCUCUAGUCUAUUUAUUACAGUCAAUUACUAUAUUUAUACACUUUUUCGUUACCGCCACUAUUGGAUUACUAUUCAUGCUCUGUUUUCACUGCUGCGGAGAGCUUUCUGCUCUACAACAUAAAAUAAAAACUAUUGAUUUUGAUGAGCAAUUGAUGACCCAUAAUUUGCCCAGACCAGACCAUGUAUUCAAGGAUUUUCUCCAACGACACAUGAAGAUAAUUGAAAUAGCUAAAAAUAUAGACAAAGCUUCUCAAGUUGUGUUGUUAGAGGAACUAGCAACAAUGACCAUUAUUUUGGCUUUAUCUUCCUAUUGCGCCAUGUUGAAUGUGACAAAUGCCGAAGUUUUCCUAUCCUUUUCCAUGUGGUGUACAUCAACGUUAAGUAUCAUCUAUGCAUACUGCUAUAUUGGAGAAGCUCUGAUGACUGAGAGCUUCAAUGUUCAGCAAGCUUAUUAUGCAUCAAGAUGGUAUGAUUUCUCCCAGGAGUAUAAGAGAUCAUUGGCGAUAUGUAUGAUCGGCUCCAGUAGACCAUUAAUAUUGUCGGGGGGUGGUUUCUAUACAUAUUCAAAAUUUAGUUUCACGGCUAUAUUGAAAUCGGCAGCGGCCUAUCUAUCAAUGCUCCGCAAUCUAGCAGAGCCGUAGUAAAGCUGUAUGGCAUGCAUAUUUAGAUGCAUACCCAAAAAUUAGACUGAAUAUGUUAGAAUUAAUUUUUAUAGGCAAUUUCUAAGCUAUUUAUCAUAUAAAGGCAAUGAAAAAAUAAAAUUAAU